CUUAUAACUAUAAGAUAGUGCAUCAUUGACAGAGACAACCUCCCUAGCAACAUACUCACAGCAACCAUUAAUUAUUCUAUCAGCUGCAACCCCAAAUAUACCUCUCCAUCUGUAUAUAGGACUAGGACUAGGAGGUUCAUUGGUCACUAAAGUAAACGCCUACAGUUUUCUUCAUCCCUCUCUCUCCCUCUCUCUGUAAAUAGGAGGCUCACCAUUGCUAGUGUAAGGUGUUUGAUCAAAUGGUUGCAUUAAGGUUCACAAGAUGGCCUUCCUCGCCACCACACUUCCCAGUAAUGCAAACUGCUGCAUCUUCUUCAAUUCCAGACCAGCUUCCAUUCAGCAGCAGCAAUAAGAAGGCUCAUAAACCUGUGGGGAUCAUGAUCAAAUCUUCCUCUUGUUCCUCCUUCACAAACAAGAUAUUCGAGAACCCAGUUGAGGGUAUAGUUUGUUAUAGAGAUAAGAGAACUGGGGAAGUAAUUUGCGAAGCAUACGAUGAAGGCCCUCGUUUCGACGACCUGCACCAGCGACAGACUCCUGCUGCAUAUCAACAUCAUUCGUCAUCAAGGGAUGCACAGAUCAUCAUCAACCUCCUUCAGCAGCGGCUUCUGCAGAUUGUUAAUGGCUCUCAUGGUGAUCAAUAUCAGAGUGCUGGAGCUACUGUUACCGCGCAAGAAGACCUUUCAAAGUCCAGCAGCGUAUAAACUAAUUCUAACAACUCCUAUCACCACCAGCAUCUAUCUAUGCACCAAGUCAUUAUACCAGCUUUCUGCAUACACUUGUAUAUAAAAGUGAUGACACAGAUGUUAUGUAGUCACUCUUUUCACCUUCAGUUUGUUCAAUCUAAAGACAAAUGGUCCACUGGAUUACUGCAGAAAUGCUUGUAGAUAAAAACCAAUAAUAUGAUAUGAACCAUUUUUCAUUUACCAUGCAAUGCAUCUGGGAGACAAGCACACAACUAGAACCAUGGAACCCUUUCCUCUGCUCUUGUAAUACACGAAAAGGACCUCGAGCAUGAUACAUGAAGUUGAACGAGGAAAAAGCGCAUUUAUAUUCCAAAUGUACAUCAACAAAUAGAAAUGAGAUUCAAUUGGACAAGAUUUACAUGAUCAAUA